AUGCAAGAAGUAUUAUCUGAGGAAUAAAAUUUAUCAUUGUCUUAAGAUAUCUCACUUUAAGGCCAAAAGUAAAGGAUAUCAAAAUAAACUCUAGUGAAAAUAAUGAGUGCAGCUUAAGAAAGAUAAUUUGCAGAAGAAAUUGAUGAAUUAGAAAAUAUUGAAGGUAUGGAAGGUAUAGAAAGUGGAUUACAAACAAAUUUUGAAAAAGGUCUAAAAGGAGAUGAUUUUAAAGAGAGAAAUUUAUUUUAUGGAACUAAUCAAAGUACUAUAAAUUCUUCAUCAAAAACUUACAUUUAAAUGGUCUAAUAAAAUUUAGAAGUUUAAUUUGAAAAUAAUUAUAGGAUUACUUGAUAUAAAUAUUAUUGGUGGCUUCGAUAUUAUAGAUUAUAAUAGGAGUUAUAACAGCAGAUGAAAAUUGUCGUUCAUUAGCAUGGAUAGAGGGAUUCUCUUUAUUUAUUGCUGUAUUUUUAUGUUGCAAUGUUACAGCAAUAUAUGUAUAAAUAAAUACAAUAAAUAGGAUUACUAGAAGGAAAAGUAAUUCUAAAGUUUAGAUGAAAGUAAAAAUACUCUAUAAACUGUUACAGUUUUGAGAGAUGGAGAAAAGAUUUAAUUAAAUUAAAAUCAGAUUAUGAUUGGAGAUAUAAUUUAUUUAUUUGAAGGAAUGUAAAUUCCAGUAGAUGGUUUUGUUAUUGAAGCAGAAUAAUUGAAAGUUGAUGUAUAUAAUAUUUAUAUAAAUAUAUAAAGGAAAGUUCAAUAACUGGUGAAACUGAGACAAUUAAAAAAGAUACUUAUAUGAAUUGUAAAUACAANAAAUAUAGAUAUUUUAUUUAAUCAAUAAACUCUAGAAAUAUUAGAUAUUUUUAAUGA